UUCAUUUUAAAUUAAAUUUUUCAAAAAAAAAAAAUACUCUCUUUCUUCUACCUACUAAAUACUGAUUCUCCACUCAACUACCAUUUUUAUUUUCAAAAACUCCCCUAAAAAAGAAACCCUAUUUUCUCUGUUUCUUUUUGUUUUAUUUUUAUAAGUAGAAGAAGAAGUGGAACCUUUCCCGGUUGCUGAUAGUAGAUUUCGUGCUUCCGUCUCCGAUCGGUCGGUUUUACCGCACGAAGUUGGCUGUGCGGUUUAAUUUGGAAGCCUAUUUUGUUGAUUUUCUGUUUUUGUUUUUAGUUCGAUUAUGUCUGCUGAUACCAUGAUGAGCAUUCCUAAUGGAAACAGCAAUGGAAAUGGCAAUGUCCAACCUGAGCCACGGCGAACUUACCAGAUCGUUGUGGCUGCGACUAAAGAUUGGGGUAUUGGUAAGGAUGGGAAGUUGCCUUGGAAAUUGCCUUCUGAUCUCAAAUUCUUCAAAGAUGUCACUCUGACUACAUCAGACUCUGGGAAAAAGAAUGCAGUCAUAAUGGGUAGAAAAACAUGGGAAAGUAUUCCCCUACAAUAUCGGCCUCUUCCAGGUCGUCUUAAUGUUGUUCUGACUCGUUCUGGAAGUUUUGAUAUUGCAACUGCUGAGAAUGUUGUUAUAUGUGGAAGCAUGACAUCUGCUUUGGAAUUAUUAGCUGCUUCUCCUUAUUGUCUUUCAAUCGAGAAAGUGUUUGUAAUAGGUGGUGGCCAGAUAUUUAGGGAAUCCCUUAACGCAGCUGGAUGUGAUGCUAUUCACAUUACAGAAAUUGAGACGAGCAUUGAAUGUGACACUUUUAUGCCUGCCAUUGAUUCAUCUGUAUUCCAGCCUUGGUACUCGUCAUUUCCUGUGGUGGAAAACAACAUUCGGUAUUGCUUCGCAACGUAUGUUCGUGUGAGAACCUUUGCAGUUGAGCAUUUCAGCCAGGACUGCGAUCAGGUCCUUGAUAAUAAACUAGAUUCCUCUAAGUUUGAGAUUCAGAAUUUCUCUUUCCUGCCCAAGAUGAUUUUUGAGAAACAUGAGGAGUACUUGUACCUAAAUAUGAUUCAAGAUAUCAUAUCUGAGGGUAAUCUGAAGGGUGACAGGACCGGGACUGGUACUUUAUCAAAGUUUGGUUGCCAGAUGCGAUUCAACCUGCGAAAGACUUUUCCGCUUCUGACAACUAAGAAAGUAUUCUGGAGAGGUGUUGUUGAAGAGCUGCUCUGGUUCAUCAGUGGCUCAACCAAUGCCAAGGUCCUUCAAGAAAAGGGCAUUCAUAUAUGGGACGGUAACGCGUCCAGGGAGUUUCUUGACAGUAUCGGGUUGACUGAUAGGGAGGAGGGUGACUUGGGACCUGUGUAUGGGUUCCAAUGGAGACAUUUUGGUGCCAGGUAUACUGACAUGCAUGCUGACUACACCGGACAAGGAUUUGAUCAGUUGUUGGAUGUUAUUGACAAGAUUAAGAAUAAUCCAAAUGAUAGAAGGAUUAUACUCUCAGCCUGGAAUCCUUCUGAUCUUAAACUGAUGGCACUUCCACCUUGCCACAUGUUUGCUCAGUUCUAUGUAGCAAAUGGGGAGUUAUCAUGUCAAAUGUAUCAGCGCUCUUGUGACAUGGGCUUGGGUGUGCCAUUUAAUAUUGCCUCUUAUGCUCUUCUGACUUGCAUGAUUGCUCACGUUUGUGAUCUUGUUCCAGGUGAUUUCAUCCACGUGCUUGGUGAUACUCAUGUUUAUAGCACUCAUGUCAGGCCCCUGCAAGAGCAGCUUCAGAAACUGCCAAAGCCUUUUCCGAUUUUGAAGAUCAAUCCCGAGAAAAACAAUAUAGAUGCCUUUGUGGCUUCUGAUUUCAAACUCAUAGGCUAUGAUCCUCACAAGAAAAUAGAGAUGAAAAUGGCUGUAUAGAGCUCUAUUUUAGGUUCUGUAAACCCAGAGUCUCCAGUCGAAUUUUGGACAGCAUCUUCUCAGUUUUAAGGGUCAGUUACUGGAGGCUUAUGGUGAUGUAAUGACUUAUACCGAUAGCAAAAUAAAAAAAAAGAAGAAGAUUUGCUAGUUGGAUACAAUUUGAAGAUGAUAUGUAGUGAGAAUCCUUUAGUUCCACAUGGUUGUUGGGUGGUUCUAAGGUGAUUUAGGAUACUGUAUUUUCUUGUCCUGAAAGUUUAUGUUUUAUCAUUUUUUUUGAGGUUUCAUGUCACAUGAACCAAUCACUUUCUCUGAAUUUGCCUUAACACAUUCUUGAAAUAGACUCUGGGAUUUGAAAGACCAAAAUGAAAGUGUUUUAUUUUCUUUUUUGGUGCAUUAUUUGAAUCAAUUUCUAUAAAUGGGUUUGAAUUAGUCUUUUUAGCUAAAGUAUAAUGGAAGUCCUUGUACUAUGAGUCGGAUUGCAUUAUCCCUCAUUAUUCAAAGUUUUUGUAAGUUAGAUUAAGCGUAAAUUAGUCCUUUUGUUAGAAAAUCAAUUCAUUUUUAUUGUUAAAAGUAGGUUCGUGCAUGUUAGCAUGAGGAGGUAUGUAAUUAUCUGGUUAUUUCAUCAACCGUGUUAUUUUUUGACAAUAGAAUUGGAUGAAAGUUUUAACCGAAAAGAUAAAUUUUCUCUUUGAUAUAAUCUAUGUGGAUUAAUUUGUUCAUUUUUUAAAUAGAGUAAAAUGUAAUUUGACUCUUAAUACAAGAAUUUCUAUGAUACUUUCAUCGUCUAUUUACGAUUUAUCACUGAUUCGAACUUUAACUUCUUCUUUACCUUUUGCUGGAGGAAGUCAAUUAGGCCUUUCAAUGCAGCUUCAGGAUCCUCAUUCAUAAGUAACUGCUCACCAAUUUCUGCAGGUGUCACUGAUGUUUUAGCCAACAGCUCUUUGGUUAUGGACAUAAGAGGGUGAUGAUCAUUUACCCCAAGGUAAUUAACUGCCAAUGUGUCGAAACCACUAGGGCUGCAGUACGACAUAUGGAUAUGAACAUCCAUCCGACGUGGUCGUAACAGAGCCGGGUCUAAUCGGUCUUUAUGGUUCGUUGUGAACACUAUGAUCCUCUGUUCUCCACAGCUUGACCAAAGUCCGUCGAUAAAAUUCAGCAAUGCAGAUAGUGUCACCUAUGGAAAACAGAAACAUAAAAGGUUGAUCUAAGAACUUAGGAAAUUCUUUUUGGUCAUUAGCUUGUUAAUGGUAAUAGUUUUAAAAUUUUCGUGGUAACAACUUUUAAGUUUUAACUUUUUAACAUUUAUAUAUUCUGUCAAUUUAGUCUUUAUUCUAAAAAUAUUUAACUUUCAAUA